AUCGUCCAUGAACGGUGUUAAAUAACAGCCGGUAAUUUACUGGCUUUUGUCAUGAAUGGACUACUUGUUUCUUUGGUCACUUGGAGCUAACAGCGGUGUGUUCCCGUUGGCACGUGUGUUAAUGAGCAGUGAUGGAGUUGUCUCAGAGGGACAGGCUGUCGGAGCUGGUGGAGGAGCUGACCACAUCAGGACAGCCACAGCUCAACCAGGACAAAAUGAAGGAAAUCAAGAAGAUCUGCAAAGUGUCCAAUGACUGCAUAGACCAAGUGUACCACUCUGUAAUGUCUCAACUGAACCAAGAACACGCCGAGAUCCGACUGUCUGCCUUCCAGAUAGCCAGUGAGCUGUUCUCCAGGUCACACCACUUCAGAACGCUGCUGGUGGACAACUUCCAGGAGUUCUUGGAGUUGACAGUAGAGACAGACUCGGAGCAGCCUCUCCCUCCUCCCAAAGAAGUAGCCAGGAAGCUGAGGUCACUGGCCAUCCAGACUGUCCAGUCAUGGCAGGCCUCUUUUGGGACAGCUUAUAAGAAGUUAGCGCUCGGCUACCACUUCCUCAAACAGGUUAAGAAGGUUGACUUCCAGGAUGCUGAGGCCAGGACGGUAGCAGAGAGGAGGAGGGAGGAGGAGCGACAGAGGAAAAUGGAGAGGAUCUACAAGGAGAGAGUGGAGGCAGCCUCCAAAGACAUGGAGGAGUCAUAUCAGGAAAUCGAGGCGACACUGACAGAGAUGGAAUCCUGCAUGAACCUGCUUUUCCCCGAGUUUGACCUCACAGACAUCCGGACCACCAGCAACAGCCGUGCCAACACCCAACCAGCCGACGAAUCAGUGGAUGAACAGCCGUGCUGCAGCAAGGACCUGAAGGAUGAGUGGAGAGAAGGAAAAGAAGACAAAGGAACGACAGAGGAAAAGGGGAACAACAGGAACGGGACAAAAGGGAAGGAAAAGAUGGAGAGGUCUGAAGAUGAGAGAGAGGAGAAAGAGAGGAGGGACGAGAACGAACAGGAGGAUAAGAAGGGAGAGGAGGAGGACAAUGAGGGAGAGGAGGAGGAGGAGGACGAUGACGGAGAGGAGGAGGGAAGUAGUGAAGAAGAGGAGGGGGAUCCCCGGGAUGAAGACUCUUUCAUUCGGAACUCUGGCCUGGUCUCUCACUCCUACAGUCUGCAGCUGAAGCUCAGUCCUGGUCUUCACGUUAAGGAGACAGAAGAUAAUGAGGCAGUGGUUUCCACGAUGAUAGACCUCCAUAAACUGAUAUCAACCAAACACCUCCCAGCUGUGCAGGGCUGGGUUCAGGUCUUCACCAAGUCAGGUGCUGAGCAGCAGCUGUUGAGGAGGGCGCUGGAUCUAAGGAGGACUUUAGAAGCUGCCCUGCAGAAACACAAAGAGCUUCACAUUGACUAUAAGAACAGAGUCCGCAAAGUGAUGAAGGCUUCAGACGGAGAGGAGGACGAUGAUGACGAUGAUGAUUUCGAUGAGGUUCCAGAGAAAGAGGGGUAUGAGCCGCACAUUCCAGAGCAUCUACGAGCCGAGUAUGGUUUGGAUCCAGCUCCCUCCACCUCGACAGCACCGGUCACAAAACAACCUCCUGCUAAAAGACCUGCAGCUCCUCCUCCUCUGUCCUCCUUCUCCUCCUCCUCCUCCUCCAGGCGGCUGAAGAGACUUAUAGAGGAGGAGCAAGAUCCAACAUGUGCAGCAGCCACACUGCGCCACAUCAGAAAGAACCUUCCUCUGCCCGCAGAAUCCAGCAGCACCUCCUCUGCUCCCACGACAUCUCAGGCCACUUCAGAGCAGAAAGCCGCAGAUGCUCCUGUGGUGCCAUUUGGUUUGGACCUGUACUACUGGGGCCAGGAGCAGCCCAACGCUGGAAAGAUCAUCAAGUCGGCCUCUCAGCAUCAGUUCUGGGUUCCCAUUGAGGUGGAUGAGGAGGUGGAGAACGAGGAGCUCCUGGCAGAGAGCAGGAGCAGAUACAUCUCCUUCCCCGGCAGGUUCACUCCUGUCAGCCAUCACUGCAGAGCGCCGCUGGGCAAUGGGAAGCUGUGUCAGAGACAGGACCGCCUCAAGUGUCCUUUCCACGGUCGGAUCAUUCCUCGAGACGAUGAUGGCCGACCCUGCAGCCAGGAGGACCGGCUGAGGGAGGAGCAGGAGGAGAGGAGGAGGAGGGAGGAGCAGCCUGACUGGCGUGAUGCAGAGCUUAUGCGGGACAUCGAGGCAGCGACAGGAGAAGACCUGGGUUCGGACAGAGUCGGGAAGAAAGGGAAAAAAGGGAAGAAGAAGAAACACCCCAACCUGAGUGAUCUGAAGCAGAGAGCCAACACGUCCCGCUCCAGGCUGGAGAAAAAAGUCCUCAGCAAGAGCGCCAUGCGCAGAGUCGCCGAGGUUAUGAGUAAAGCUGACAGGAGAAAACAUGACAAGUUCUCAAACCAGUUCAACUAUGCCCUCAACUGACCUCAACCAGCCAACCAUGGCUUCAAAUGAAAUGAGAUGGACUGAAUGCUUCUGUUAAAGACUUUAUUUAUUGAUGUGCACACAUGCUGUAUAGAUCCGGAGUAAGAGAUUAAUAUUGUUUCUUUGAACACUGUGAUGCAGUGGUAUGAUUUUACUGCUGGUUCAUCAGCUUUUAAGAAGGACAAAUAUACAGAUAUCAAACUGUACAUGUACAGCUUCUGAGUCACAAGAAACAAGAAAAUCACUAUUUCAUAUCCUUUUGUCUUAUUUAUCAGCCAAAUUCUUCAAUAUUGCCUUUACACCAGCCAUUUUUCAUCAUGUAUAACUGAAUUUUUACUUGUGUUUUUCUAAUAUUUUCUACUUGAGUGUGUUGUCUAGGACGAUUAAAUUCCUCAGCUUCCUGUG